AUGUCAUCAAAUAUGACAAUUCCUGCUGUAACUCAUUUAUUCACGAGUGCUGUACCGUUUAUUGUUGAAAAUUUUCGUAAUAAACGACAGUUAUGGCAAAGCUAUGGUUAUGAUAACUAUUACGGAUAUGGAUUUCAUUGGAGUCGAAUAAUCCUAAUCAUCCUACUAUUAGUAGCUUUGUUUCUAUGUUGCUUGAUACCCUUUAUGUGUGCGCUUGGGAUUUGGUUCGCUGGCUGGUUUGGGUUACGUAAUCCGGCUGCCAACAAAGGUGGCAUUAGUCACCCAAUCGCUACAAAUGCUUAUGCACAACAGCAGCCUACUAUACCCCAAGCGACCAUGGUGCCACAAAAUUCCACGCCAUCUGGACCAGGAAAUUCUCGAGAACGUGUGGAUGCUUAUAUUUAUGAGAAACGUAGCGACCGCUAUUAUCAGCGACCCCCAUCACCACGCCCACAUGAUGAUUACCGACGACACUUUACAUCUUCUAGACUAUGA